CUCUAUCUCUACCAUCCUCGAUAUCCCGAAUCCACUCCAGAGCUCUCCGACUCUAUCUCCCUACAUCUCAACGCCUGCACCAUAGCAUCUACAAUCCACACUGCUAUAAUCUUAAGCAGGCGGUCAGAUGGAGGCGCUCCUCUCGUUGUCUUUUGACAACAUCGCCUCGAAGGACAACUCGAAGAUACGCAAAGGCCUCCGCCAGAUCGAAGGACUACUCGCCCAGAUAUGUCUCUCGAACUCGAAGUCAUCGGCAGCACUACACAAGCGGCGAGCAUCUGCCAUUACCCUGAACCAGACUGCAUCGCCGAAGAAGCUGAGCGACUUGGCGGACGACCCGGCAUUCAGGGAGUUCUUCAGGAUACAAGAUGGCUUUGAAUGGAAUGUUGCUACACGGAUAGUCGCCUGUCUUGAACGCCUGCUUGGUAUGAGCACCAGCGGUCAAAACGACCUCUUAAUCCUCUCCGCUCUCUCGAACCUCCAAGGAAUCCUCCUCCUCCAUCCUCCUUCCCGCACCAUCUUCUCACGCGAGCUCUACAUGAACCUCCUCCUCGACCUGCUCGACCCCUUCAACUGCCCAGCGAUCCAAUCCUCCGCCCUGCUCGUUCUCGUCACCGCGCUCAUCAGCACGCCCCGCAACACCCGCACCUUCGAGUCCAUCGACGGCCUGCUCACCAUCACCUCCCUCUUCAAGAGCCGCGACACCGCGCAGCAGGUCAAGCUGAAGCUGCUCGAGUUCCUAUAUUUCUACCUCAUGCCCGAGACGCCGUCGAUUGGCUCGGCGAGCGCACCGAAUACGGCCAUGGGUCUACAGCGGAGUCCGAGUAAGCUCCUGGGCGCGUUUGAGCGGCGGAGUAGCACUGUGAAUGGGGAUGGAGCUGGGGGUAUAGACGAGGCGAAGAACGGCACGCGGAGCACGGAGGAGAAGCAGAGGCUGCUGGGGAGAUACUUGAAUAACGUGGAUGACCUGGUGGAGGAUCUGAGGGAGAAUGCGCCUUUCGCGGAGAUGGUGUGAUAGCAAUUGCGUCUGCGCUUGAUACAGCGUCGACGCGGGUGGGUGUUUGGGCCCUGGUUGACACUGUUUUGGGUGCCUCAAGGCCCUUUCCGGAGUUUCCAGAACACAGGUUGCUGCGCUUAACGCACGAUUCCUUUUUCUAUUUUCCUUUUCUCUGUUAAUACUUUUGACUUUCAUUAUCGUGCUCCUAGUAUCAAUUAGCCUGGCGUUGGUGGGUUUGUUCACUUAGUAUGUAGCAUUAUCAGGCUGGCGUCUGACUAUUUUCCGCAUCCGUACACUCGUUUACCGCUGCGUGAGGAACCUCAUAGUAUUUUCAGUAUCUUGAAUGAG